AUGUUUGUUAUUGUAGCUUUGCAGGACGAUCUUACAUGGGCGUGUAAUUUUAGACCUGUUAUUCGAGGGCGCCCAUCUGCAAAACGAGCAAUACAUAUAUGUGGACAGCAUCGAUGGGUAUUCGUCUUGGUAUUUUCUGCAAUGAGUUUCUUCCUCUGGUUUGCUUCAUGUGGUAUUCUCAUUGUCUUAUGGGCCCUUGCUAUUGGACUUCUUGCCACUCUCAUUCACGCAAGCUUUAGAACACCCAACUUGAAAGCUCGCCUGAACACAUUCCGUGAAGAAUUCCGUGCCGGGCCAUUGCGCAAAGCUGUGGAAGUUUUGCAGCAAGAAGUUUUGGAGGGUGGUUUGCUGAAAUACUGUCUUGAGUUGGGUUCUAAUGAUCUCAAGGGCUUGAUACAAGUUGUUAAGGACAUUGCCUUCCAAUAUUCCUCAUGUUCUUCCAAAACCGAUUUGUGA